UUCUAAAGCAUCACCACAAGAUGUUGGUUUACGAGUAUGUCAACAAUGGAAAUUUGGAACAGUGGCUUCAUGGAGCCAUGCGACACCACAUGCAUCUCACUUGGAAGGCUAGGAUGAAGGUUCUCCUUGGGACAGCAAAAGUGUCUCUGAUUUUGGUCUGGCCAAACUGCUUGGUGCCGGUAAAAGUCAUAUCACAACUAGAGUCAACCUUUGGGUAUGUGGCUCCUGAAUAUGCAAAUACUGGUCUCUUGAAUGAAAAGAGUGAUGUUUAUAGCUUUGGGGUAGUGUUGUUAGAAUCGAUCACAGAGGAAGAGAUCAUGUGGACUAUGGCCGUCCUGCCCAAGAGGUUCGUUAUCCUUCAUACCUUAUCUUAAGAUCUAAUUAGCACACUUGAUGUAAAAAUCUUAUCUGCAUCCUCAUUAUAGAAAAAACUGUAAAACUUAUUGUGCCCAGAUCUUUGGCAGAAUAGAUCUUUAUAUUAAUGCUCGCUUUGCUGGUUUUCUAAUAUUUGUCUCAUUGUCAUUUUCUGUUAAGUUUCCCUUGAGUUUUCUCUGGAUUAUUACUUGUUCUUGAUAUACCAUGUACCAUAACAAAUGUUCACACACUAUUAAUCUUUGAGAAGGAUAUCUGAACCUGGUAAGUGGUAACACAUAUGUGACUAGCCAGUGCCUUUUGGUAUAUGUUGAUUACCAUUCACUUAGUAGAAAGGGGCUGUAUUUUUAAUGUUCUAGCCUAUUAAACAUUAAGCACCAUUUCAUUUGAAAUAAGCAAAGUAUAUGUGUUUUUCUAGGGUUGGAGAUUAUGGUUAGUGUUGUUAAGGUUCUACAAUGAGUAUCUUAACUUCAACUCAUAGUCCAUUCUAUUUUUGGAUCUUUUAUUCUAAAAUCUAUGCUGUUAUUUUCUCUCUUCUCCACUCUUCGGAGAUUUUCUCUUCUCGAGUUGCUGCUUCGAUUUCCAAGUUAACUAUUUCCUUCAAAAUUCCACCAUAUUUUGUUCUUCGGGUUUUGAAAAUGUGGACUUACAUCUGCUCUCCAGAUGUAGGUAUCUUAAUCGUCAAGUCGUUUGAGCUACAUGUAGAGUUCUUAGUCAAUUAGCUUAGUGGGGAAAGCUAACCUUUCAAAUUCAAUUAACCAUAAAUUUUGAUAUGUACUUUCUCUGUUCACAUUUAGUUGUCUACUUCUAAUUUUACAUGGUUCUUAAGAAACAAUGAUUAAUAUGAGUCUUGUUUUACCAUAAUACUCAUAUUAAUUGAUAUCUAUACUUGGAUCUUGAAAAAAUGAUUUGGGGACGAAGUAAUUAAUGUUGAUGGUAAAUUAGGAUUUUUUGGGUUUUGGUCUCUUUUUGAUAUGUUAAAAGUAACAAGUAUAAUCGAAAAUCUAUUUUUUAAAAAUAAUGGACAAGUAAAAGUAAACGGAGGGAAUAACAAGCAAUAAUAAAUUUAACAUCAGUAAUUAAUGUGUAGUUUCUUUGAAUCUUUGUCUGAACUCUGAAGCGAACAAUAUUUUAGGUUAGCCUAAGAGAUGGACUACAAAAUGAGAAGACUCGUUGAAAUUGAGCCUGACCUUAUUAAAUUUUAUUUUACAUAAGUCAUAGUCCUUGACAUUAUUU